GGAUGAAUCAUCAUCAAUGUAACCCGGAUUGAAAAGAAAUCCUGAAGAAAUUUUGCAAAACAGAAAAAAAUCCUGAUUCCACACAGAUAUUCGCGAAUCAUCAAAGGAGAGAGAAAGUUUCUUCUUCUUUCAAAGAGUUAUCUAUUUGGAUUGUUAAUCGUAAACAAACAUAAGUUUUUUUAACUUUAAAGAAUUUUAUUUGGAAAUUUUUUUGAAACUUUUCACCUUGAAUGAAUGAAUUUUUUUGAUUACUCUUUUUGAUUGAUUGGUGCAUUUUUUGAUUGUUUUGUUUUGUUUUUCAAAGGAAUUUUUAUGUUCUGUAUUCGACGAGUCGAAGUGCAAACAAAAAACUGGUUUUUUUUCUUUCUCAAACAACACUUGCUUUCCUUUUUCUUUAUUUUCAAAAAAAAAACUUUCAUCUUGAAUUCUGAAAAAUUCUGAAAUUUCGGAUCAACAAACAACAAAAUGAUUUAAAUGUCGACUGAAACUACAACUUCAGAUCCAACAACAACAAAGACAACAGCCACGGCUGCUGUUGAUUCGAAAAAAAGUCCAUCAAAAGAAUCGACAAAUUCGAAACCAAAAAUCGAUGUUGCAAUCGUUAUCGAUCUGCAAAUCAAAGAUGGCAAUCUAUCACAUCGUAUGGCUGCAUUUGAAGAGAUUAAAAAAGCCUGUCAUAUGGUCAAUGCAAAUUAUCAGCUGAUUGCAUUUCAUAAAUUAGAUUUUGAUGAAAUUAAUGCAAUCGAUGCAUUUCAUGCAGCCGAUGUUGCUAUUGUUGAUCUUUCCAUACAAAAUCAACAACAUUCAUUAUUUUAUCGUAUUGGUAAUCGUGAAAAUUUUGGAAUGAAAUAUAAUAUAUUAAUAUAUAAUGAUGAUCUAUUGAAAGUAACCAUACCGCCAAAUUUACCAAUAUCAACAUUUAAUUUGAUUAGUUAUCGUUUAUCGCCUGUAGAUAAAAAAUGUUAUUAUACUGAAUCUGUACCGGAUAAAAAUAGUUUACGAAAAAAUUCAAAUCCAAAAUCAACAUCAACAACUGCGGCAGCGGUAGCCGCAGCAACAACCAAUCGACCAACACCAUUAUCAUGUGAAACGAAAAUUCUUCUCAGUACAAAACUACGAAAUGCUUUGCAACAUGUUGAAGUACAAACCAAAACACAUUUAAAGGAAAAAUUUCUAUCAGAAUUACGUAAAGCACGCGAAACAUUACCACGUGAUGAAUUAACAAAAACAUUGAAUGAUUUUCGUAGAAAAUUAGAAAAUAAUUCUUGUCUUAUAUCGGCUGAUAUUGUUUAUAAUCUUCUUGUUUCAUAUCGUGAAAUACAAGAUUAUGAUUCAAUGGUAUCAUUAAUUGAAGAAGUACAAUCAUCAAAAUUUGCCUUUAAAUUUACACCAGUCAUUCAAUAUCUGUAUUCAUUUGCAUUGAAUCGUCGUAAUCAAUCGGGUGAUCGUGAACGUGCAUUGGAAAAAAUUCAUGAAACAAUCGAUGAAAUACCAUUCACUGAUUCAAUUUGUUUAGCUGGACGUAUUUAUAAAGAUAAAUUUAUUGAAUCACAAUAUCAGGAUAAAGAAAGUUUAGAACAGGCAAUUAUUUGGUAUCGUAAAGGUUUUGAUCAUCAACCAAAUGAACAUGCAGGUAUUAAUCUUGCAACAUUAUUAGUUAUUAAAGGUGAUGAUCUGAAUAAUUCACCCGAGCUUAAAGAAAUCGCCUCUGUUCUAAAUCUUUUGAUUGGUCGUAAAGGAAAUUUAAAAUCAAUACAAGAUUAUUGGGAUGUUGCAACAUUUUUAGAAAUAUCUGUUUUAGCUGAAAAUUAUACGAAAGCUAAUGAAGCAGCCGAAUGUAUGUUUAAUUUAAAACCACCAAAAUGGUAUCUAAAUUCAACAUUACGUAAUAUACAGUUAAUAAAUGAUUUUCGUAAAAAACCGGAAGAUUCACGAUUAACACCCGAAGAAGAAUUAUUUCGUUUUUGGAUGGAAUAUUUUAUUGAAGCGGCUAAAGAUCAGGCUAGUCAUAUAAUUAGAUUUCCAGUUAUCAUACAGGAAAUUGAUAAAUCAUUAAUACCAAGUUAUGUUACUGUUAAUCAACAAGAUCAAGAUGGAAAAUCAUUACAAAUUAAUAAUAUCUGUAAAGAAUGUAUUCGUAAUCCAGAUUCAUGUCGACGACCACAUAAUUGGUUAUUUCAUUCAUCAAAAAUACGUGGUGUUAGUAUGUAUAAAUCUGAUCAACGUUGUCUUUUCCUAUAUGUUUUAUCCGAUGAUUUUCAAAUGUUUUUUCCUUCGGAUGAAUAUCGUAAACGUUUUCAUGAACUUGUUCUGGAUAUAACUGCCAAUGAAGAAUGUUUAGAUUUAGAUUCAAGAUCAAUUGAAUCUAUACAAAUUCAAUUUGAUUAUGAUUAUGAUGAAAAAAUGAAUAAAAUUAAACUUGGUGAAGGAUCAUAUGGUACUGUUUAUGCAGCACAUGAUAGUAAUAAUGUUGCUAUUGCUGUUAAAGAAAUACCGAUAAAAAAUAAAGAUGAAGUACAACCAUUACAGGAAGAAAUUAAAUUACAUUCACAAUUAAAACAUCGUAAUAUUGUUAAAUAUAUUGGUUCAAUUAAUGAUGAACAAGCAGGUGUUUUUAAAAUUUUAAUGGAACGUGUACCUGGUGGUUCAUUAUCACAGUUAUUACGUUUUAAAUGGGGUCCAUUAAAAGAAUCAUCAAUCAUUUAUUAUACUCGACAGAUUUUGGAUGGUCUUCAUUAUUUACAUAGCCAAAAUAUUGUACAUCGUGAUAUAAAAGGUGAUAAUGUUCUUGUUAAUACUUAUACCGGUGAUGUUAAAAUAUCAGAUUUUGGUACAUCAAAACGUUUGGCCGGAUUAAAUCCACGAACCGAAACAUUUACCGGCACAUUUCAAUAUAUGGCACCUGAAGUUAUUGAUCAAGGUGCACGUGGUUAUGCAGCACCUGCUGAUAUUUGGUCAUUAGGUUGUACUGUUGUUGAAAUGGCAACAGGUAAAACACCAUUUAUUGAAUUAAGUUCUGGUCAUGAAGUUAUAUUUAAAGUUGGUUAUUUUAAACAACAUCCUGAAAUACCUGGAACAUUAUCGGAAAAAUGUCGUAAUUUUAUUGAAAGUUGUUUUGAACCAAAUCCAGCUAAACGUCCAAUAGCUGCAGAAUUAUUGGAAACACAAUUUAUGGAAUGUGGUUCAUCAUCAUCAUCAUCAAGAAAACGUAAACCAGCUAAUCAAUUACAUCCAAAAAAUAAUAAUAAAGUUCAAACAAAUCGUAUGUCAGUAGAAUUUAAUCGUUCAGUAUCGAUGCCAUAUGAUCCAAAAUCAUCAUCAAAUGAUCAUCAAAAUACAAAUAAUGCAAUAGAUGUUAUAACCGUACAACAAAAUAAUGGUGGUAGUAAUGGUGAACCUAAUACACCAAAUUCAAUGGAUAGUUUACAGGAUAUGAAUCCAUUUGCAACAAUGCCAUCAACAAUCGCUGGUGGUGGUUGUAGCGGUGGUGGUGGUGGUGGUGUUAGUAAAAAUCCAAAUCGUUUACAAUCAAAUUUAUCAUUAAAUAUACAAAAUUUACAAAAUUCAAGUGGUGAUGAAAAAUCACCAAAUAUUUUAUUAUCCGGAUCAUCAAUAACAUAUCCGGCAACACCAAAUGAUUUAACAAUGAAUGAACAUAAUAUACAAAAAAGUUUAUCACAAGUAUUAGAUACAAAUACUGAAGAUAUAACUGAAGUUUGGUGGAGACGUUUAAUUGAAAAUUGGCCCGAUCAACAACAAUUAUUAUUACAAUCCAGACAUAUACAGAAUGUAUUAUUUCCUGGAUUUCGUGAUUAUAUUUCAACAAAUAAAAAUACAUUAUAUCUAAUGAAUGCAUUAUAUUCAUUAGCAAAUGAAUUUAAUAAUAUUUUUAAAUCAACAAAUGAUGAUGAUGAUGAUGAUAAUGAUAAUCCAGAGUCAGAACCAGAACCAGAAUCCGUUGAACAACAACAACAACGAGAAUCAAUCGAAGAUUUAGAUGAACGAAAACGUUUUCUAUUCAAACAAUUACAAACAGCAAUUUAUUAUUUUCAAGAUGCAAUUGAUUCAAUUUUGAAAAUACAAAAUAUACCACCACAUUGGAUAUUUGCAUUAGAUUCAUUAAUACGUGAAAGUGUACAAGAAGCACAAAGAUUAUUACAUUUAUGUUUUAAAAAUGUAUUUGAAAUUGAAAUGGCUGGUAGUGAUGCAACUGUACCACAUUCGGCCGAUAUUAAUCAUCAUCAAUUGAUUCUAACAGCAACUGGUGGAGGUGGUGGUGAUGAUGGUUCACCAUCAAUAACCAAUAUAUUUAAACAUUCGCAAGAAUCAUUAUUUAAUAUGCAAUUAAUAAAAUCAUCUGAUCAUUUUAAACAAGAAAUUUAUCAUCUUUUAUUAGAAAAUAAUCGUACAGUUAAAUUAUUAUCCGAUACAUUUUUGGAAUAUCUUACUGAACAGAAUGAAGUAUUAAAAAAUUUAUUUGAAAAAGUUAAGAAUCAAAAUCGACCGAAUUUUUUCAUAGAUUCAGCAACGAAUACUGUUCACGAUGAUGAUAAUGAUGAUGAUGAUGAAGUAAAAUCAAGUAGCAAAGAUGAAACAAUGAUUGAAAUGUUGGAAAAUGAAAAUAUUAAUCGUUCGACAAUUGAUGCUUUAAUUCGUCAAGAUAUUGAUCGAAAAGUUUUAUUCGAAUUUAUUGGUCGUGAUGAUCUUCGUAAAUUAAAUCUAACAUUGGGUGAUGAAUUACGGCUUUGGAAUUUUAUUGAAAAGAAUAGAAUUUUGUUUAUCAACAAUAACGAUAAUUAGUCAAUCAACAACGAAAUUUUAAAGAUUGAAUUUCGAUGAUUGAAUCUUCCCAGGCAGAAAAUAUUUCUUCUUCUUCCUUUCUUCUGCCUGGGUU